AUGCGUUCUUCCUACCAGGACUUCCAAACUUUCCACCAUGACCUGCUGAUCAUGGCUGCCCUCCUGUCCCAGCUUCCUAAGCCAGUGGGUGUUAUCGAAGGCAUCCUGGAGAUUACUGCGGUGGAAGUGGGCGUGGUGGCUAUCAAAGGGCUCUUCUCUGGGCGGUACCUGGCCAUGAACAAGAGAGGACGGCUGUAUGCUUCGGAGCACUACAAUGCAGAGUGCGAGUUCGUAGAGCGGAUCCAUGAGCUGGGCUACAAUACUUAUGCCUCCCGCCUGUAUCGUACAGGGCCCAGUGGGCCAGGGGCUCGGCGGCAGCCUGGUGCCCAGAGACCUUGGUACGUGUCUGUGAAUGGCAAGGGUCGGCCACGCAGGGGCUUCAAGACCCGCCGCACACAGAAGUCCUCCCUCUUCUUGCCCCGAGUGCUGGGCCACAAGGACCAUGAGAUGGUACGGCUGCUGCAGAGUGGCCAACCAAGAGUCCCAGGAGAGGGCAACCAGCCCAGACAGCGGCGGCAGAAGAAGCAGAGCCCAGGAGACCAUGGCAGGAUGGAACCCUUGUCUCCUAGGGCCACUCCAGGCACCCAUCUGGAGACAGGUGAACUGGCGGUGGCCUGA